AUGUUUGCAAGUCACCUUUCUCCAAAGAAACACGCUGCAAUUGCUAAACUUGUUGGUCGGAAAUGCUCUGUUCGAUUUCUUGUAAAUGAUGUUGAAAUGGAAGCGUUAUGGGACACUGGAUCACAGGUCUCCAUUUUUCCGGAACAGGUACUGUCUGACAAUUUUUCUGAUUUGAAAAUACGUGAUAUUAGUGAAUUGCUUGGUGCGGAUUCUGGUCUGAAUUUAACAGCGACAAAUGGGACACCAAUCCCUUAUAAAGGCUGGGUGGAAGCGAGAUUUAGAUUAAACCGAGAAGAUGAAAAAGAAGUAACAUUACCAUUCUUAGUAACACCCGAACAGUUGGAACAACCAAUGAUUGAGUACAAUGUUAUUGAACUGUUUUUGCAAAAAGGUGAAAACUACUCAGAUAAUUUAUCAGUGGCACACCAUAUAGUGUCAAUUUUUAAUAAUGUUGGAGUGAAAGAUGCCGAGCAAUUGAUAAACAUUAUCCAAAGAAAUGAUGGGGAGUUGUUUUGCCAAGUGAAAACAUCCAAACGCCACAUUACAAUACCGAAGAAAGCUACCAAAACAGUACCCUGUCGAGCAAAUACGGGAACGAUUGAAAAUGCAAGACCAGUGCUUUUUGAACCUGAUGAAAAACAAGAGUGGCCCCGCGGAUUAAUAGUUAAUGAAACCUUAGCAUCUGUGAAAAGUGGGAAAUCCACUAUCAUGCAAGCGCAAGUGACAAACGGACGGACUGUUUUGGGAAGCCUUGAACUUAUUCGCUCUGUUACACCAAUUGAGGUGAAAUUAAAGGAAAAUGUAGAUGAGAAAAGAGUUGAUAUGAAUUUUGGAAUGGAGAAACAAAGGACUAGUCAAACGAAGGACCCUUGCCAUUCAACUGUAAAUUCUGAGAAAGAACAAUUCAUACCGGAAGUCGAUUUAAGUACUCUCACACUCGAACAGCACACCUUGGUAAAAAAAUGUUAUGUGAGGAGCGAGAUGCUUUUUCGAUCGACGAUGACGACAUUGGGUGUAUCAAGGACUUGA